AUGGAACAAAGAGGAUGCGUGGCAAGAAUGGCGAGAAGACGGUGGAUCGGCUGCGUGGUUGCUGUGCUUUUGUGGAGCGUAACAUCGGCACAAUUACGAUAUUCAAUAUCCGAGGAAGUUAACGAAGGAACUGUGGUUGGAAAUAUAGCUAAAGAUCUGGGAUUAGAUAAAAGCACACUGAAAGACAGGAAGUAUCGGAUUGUUUCCAGUAAUGCGGAUCCGCUGUUCCAUGUGAAUCAGAACGAUGGUGUCCUCUACGUGAGCCGGAAGAUUGACAGAGAAGGGGUGUGCGAGCGAAGCAGUACGUGUUUAAUAAAUCUGAAAACUGUGCUAGAAAAUCCCUUGGAGGUGCAUUAUGUUGGAGUGGAGGUGAUGGAUAUAAAUGACCAUUCUCCCAGUUUCCCAGACGAAGAGAAAACGUUGGAUAUCUCUGAGUCAGUCUUACCCGGGGCAAGAUUUCCACUACAAGCUGCACGAGAUCCAGACGGUGGUCCCUUCACUGUUCAGCAGUAUAAACUCAGCCACAAUGGCCACUUUCGUUUAGAGGUUAAAGACCAUGGUGAAGAUGGGAAAAUACCUGUAUUAAUUGUGCAAAAAUCUUUAGAUAGAGAGGUUUCCGCAAGACAGUCAUUAAUGCUGACUGCACUAGAUGGAGGAAAACCUCCGAAAUCUGGUACUAUGAAUAUUCUAGUAAAUGUUUUAGAUGUAAAUGAUAAUGCGCCUGUAUUCUCUAAAGACUUAAACUCAGUAAUGCUUGAGGAAAAUACUCCAAUAGGCACAACAAUCUUACAAGUGAAUGCGACAGAUCUGGAUGAAGGACUAAAUGGAGAAAUAGUUUACUCGUUUAGCAACAGCGUAAAUCGUAAAUUCUUUAAGCUAUUUGAAAUUAACCAAUCAACAGGGGAGAUAAUUGUUAAAGGUUUAAUAAACUACGAGGAUAAGGACAGAUAUGAAAUUGAAGUGCAAGCAACAGAUAAAGGUCCUGCUCCACUGGCUACACAAAAAAGUGUCGUCAUAAAGAUAGUUGACGUGAAUGAUAACGCACCUGAGAUUGAGGUUACCUCCUUUUCAAACUCCAUCCCUGAAGAUUCAAGACCUGGAACUACAGUAGCCCUUAUCAGUGUAAAUGACUUGGACUCUGGUCUCAAUGGAAAAGUGAUUUGCUCAAUAGGUGAGGAUGUUCCUUUUGCUUUAACUCCAUCCUUACAAGACAACAUGUUUUCAUUAGUGACCAAAUCCCCCCUGGAUAGAGAGAAACAGUCACAAUAUGUCCUGACAAUAACUGCAAAAGAUGCUGGUCAACCUCCAUUAUCAUCUGAGAAGACAAUAAAUGUAGUGGUUUCAGAUGUGAAUGACAACAGUCCAGAGUUUUCACUGAGUCCAUAUACUUUCUAUAUCACUGAAGCCAAUGAGCCAGGUACCUCUGUGUUUUCAGUUAAAGCUUUUGAUCGUGAUGAGAACGAUAAUGCACUAAUAACCUAUCAUAUCCUCAGAGAUGGCAGUAAAGGAAAUAAAUUGACCUCAUAUUUAAAUAUCAACUCUGAAACUGGAGAUAUUUUGUCACUAAAAAGCUUUGACUUUGAGACUCUGAAAACGUUCCGGUUCCAAGUUGUCGCCACAGAUUCUGGAACUCCGUCACUAAGCAGCAACGUCACAGUGCACGUGUUCAUUCUGGAUCAGAACGACAACGCUCCAGUCAUCCUGUAUCCGGUCAGCUCUAACGGUUCUGCUGAAGGUGUGGAGGAGAUUCCCCGCAAUGUGAACGCAGGACACUUGGUGACUAAAGUCAGAGCCUAUGACGCUGAUAUAGGAUAUAACGGCUGGUUACUGUUCUCACUGCAGGAAGUUACUGCCCACAGUCUCUUUGGUUUGGACCGCUAUACAGGACAGAUCAGAACACUUCGCUCAUUCACAGAGACAGACGAGGCUGAGCAUAAACUGCUCAUACUGGUGAAAGAUAAUGGCAACGUUUCCCUGUCAGCAACAGCUACUGUGGUUGUUAAACUUGUGGAGCCCAGAGAGGCUUUUGCUGCUGCUGAUGUUAAAAGUGCAACAAAGGAUGAUGAGGAUAAUAACGUGACUUUUUACCUGAUGAUAACUUUGGGCUCAGUUUCAACACUUUUUCUCAUCAGUAUCAUCGUGCUGAUUGCAAUGCAGUGCUCUAAAUCCACAGACUAUACUUCUAAAUAUCUACAAGAGACUAAUUAUGAUGGGACACUGUGUCACAGCAUCCAGUACAGAUCUGGAGACAAGCGGUACAUGUUAGUUGGACCCAGAAUGAGUAUAGGAUCUACUAUAGUCCCGGGCAGCCAUGCCAACACACUGGUGCUCCCUGACAGAAGGGGAACAUCCACAGAGGUAAGACAAAUACAUAUUCCAGCUUCAUGUCCUUUCAUGUAG